AUGGCAGAAAAAUUAGGGGAUCUCUUAGCAGAUUAUGCACGCAGGAGGCACAUGUGGGGACCGGAUGGAACAUAUGAGAAAGGAAUAUGGGAAGAUAUCGAAGGGAUAUUCAGCGAGCUAGAGGAGGCAUUGGUAAAGAGGGAUGCAGUAAUGGAUGGACUAUGUAAAAUAAUGGCUGAGGAGGAGGAAACGAAGGUACAGAAGAUGAUGGUAGAGCGUAUAUGCAAGCACAUUAUAAGAAUAAUUUUUUUUGCAGAAAGAAUAAGUUUCCGGGAAGGACAAAUGGAAGUAAAGAAAGAUUCUGGGCAGGACGGCGCUCUGUGGGACUAUUUAAGAUGUAUGGUGGGAAAUGUUGCUGCAAUAAGAUUGUACAGCGGCAGCUGCAAAACAAAAGAGACUGUACGAAAGAUAAUUCAUAAAGUGCGCAUCUGGGGUGAGGAGCAGGGCAAUAUAGGGAAAGAGCAAGAAUGUGCUAGGCUCGAUUAUGAUACAUUAAAAAUAAGCUCAAAAUUUUUUGGAAAAACCAUGGGAGGUUGGAUACGUGCAUGGGGAAGACAGCAUGGAGGAAAUAUAAGUGGACGCGGAGUGGACAGUUCCUGUGAUAUAGGAAGUCACAGUAAUAAAAGCAAGGAUAGGGAGCAAGAGGGUAGCGAGGAGCCCAUAGUUAAAAUGUUUAAGGAUAAUACUGCUGAUGAUGUAAGGGACAUGAUUCGUAGGGGUGACAAGAUUGAACAAGAGAAACGGAAAAAGAUAAUGAAAGAACUUAAGGAAAAAGGGACCGGGGGUGAUGAAUGGAACACACUGAUGGAAACGAUAGGGGCGACCGCCCCCAAACCCGCCCCAGCCAAACCAGAGAAUACGACAAAAACAGUAGAUGCAGGACGGCAAGACGAAAACAAGAAGAAGGAUGAGGGAAAACAGGACAAAAAGGUAAGAAAACAGAUAGUAAAAAUACCCAUAUAG